UGGUGGCACGAUUAUCUGCCGUAUUCUCGCAUCGGUAACAUCGCCGUUUUGCAAUUUAGCUGCAGCGGUAAUACGGGCUUUAUGCCAUAACACUCCCACAGUUGAGGUUUAAAUGCCACGUCGUGAAAAGGCUUCUCAUUUUCGGCCAACUCCCAGCGAUGACGGACAAAAAUCAAGUCCAUUCGAUGUCAGAGCGUAAUGCGACAAAUCAGGACAACGGUGUCCGUGCAGUUUUUUCAGAUUACGGAGAACGAACGACGCUACAUGGUUUUUAUUACUUAAUCCACGGCGGAACUUCUAUGAGGAAAUUCGUUUGGGUUGUUUUCAUUUUAACUGCCUUUGGUUAUCUCACCUAUAACGCCGUGAAACUGUUUGGAAAAUACUUCGAUUAUCCUACAAUAUCUAAAAGUAGGAUAGUUGCACAGCCGGACAUGUUGUUUCCAGCGGUAACAAUAUGUAACUACAACCCACUUAGAAACGUGGACAAAUGUGACAGAAUAACAAUGGCAUAUUUCAAAAAUGGCACAUCGAAAAGUAAUCAGCUGAACAGAAAGAGUUCUGGUACAUCAGACGCUGACGCACUGCGAUUCUAUCUUGAGUGCGGCCAUCAAAUGAAUGAAGCUGGAAUGCUUGUUGAGUGUAAUUGGAAGGGAAGAUCGUGCAAUGAAGCAAACUUCAGCUCAACUGUUCAAAGAAUGGGGCUAUGCCACACCUUUAACUCAGGGAAGGAAAACCAUUCAUUACAGCGUUUUUCUAAUCCUGGCGAGUCAAAUGGGCUAAUUUUGAAGCUCAAUGUUCAGACAGAAGAUUAUCUGCCUGUCACUCCUGCUGUUGGUGUAAAGGUCAUUAUACACGACCAGCAUGCACCAAUAUCCACAAACGAAAAUGGAUUUGCCGUGAUGCCUGGAAGAAAAGCUCUAGUAUCAGUCACAAAGAAAAAGGUGAAAACUUUAGGUCCACCUUACGGAAUGCCUUGCAACAAAAGUUUGAAGUAUUCACAGGAACAUUGCUUGAGCAAAUGUAAACAGCAGUAUAUUUUCGACCAUUGCAAAUGUCUGAUGCCUCCACCAACCACUCUUGGCACAACAUAUUGUCUGCUAUACGAGGAAAAGCGUCAAUGCUACUUCGCGUAUGAAGCUAAAUUCUUUGAUUUGGGUGUGAACAACAACUGCACUUGUCAAGGGUCUUGUGAAAAGUCCACAUACGACACAGAUUUGUCCUACGCAUAUUUAAAACCGACUUCGGUUAAGGAUCUAUUCAUGGAAUCUGACGACUCGAUACUUCUUAAUUCUUCACAGAAGAUUCAAUGGCAAGAGUUUGUGCGUGAUAACAUUCUUGAAAUCUCUAUAUAUUUCAACGACUUGAGUUACCUGGAAGUUGAAGAAGUUGCAGCAUAUCCAUGGGAAAGUUUUGUGGCCGAAUUUGGCGGGACAAUGGGACUCUGCCUUGGUGCCAGCUUACUGACUAUUUUGGAACUGUUGGAUCUGAUCGGCUGCAUUAUUAGCUUUUUCUGUAGAGCUAAGAAAGGAUAAGGGCACAGAUAUAACGAAAUAUCUCGGAAAAGGGAGAAAUCUCUCAAGGAUGUAGUGGGCCCAUG